UGGGAACACGUCAAGGCAGCAGUCUGUUACCGCUACACACCCACAUUACUUUUGUGUCAACCACUUCGCGGGAGUUGUCACUGUGGGAGCUGUCGUCUCUUUAAAAAAAGGCAAACAGUAUACCGGAGAUUAGAAGGAAACCAUGUCUGACAGAAAGGCAGUGAUCAAAAAUGCCGACAUGUCGGAGGACAUGCAGCAGGAUGCUGUGGAGUGUGCCACACAAGCCCUGGAGAAGUACAACAUCGAGAAAGACAUUGCUGCAUACAUCAAAAAGGAGUUUGACAAGAAGUAUAACCCGACCUGGCACUGCAUCGUUGGGAGGAACUUCGGCAGUUAUGUGACUCAUGAGACCAAGCAUUUCAUUUACUUCUACUUAGGCCAAGUGGCCAUUCUGCUGUUCAAGUCCGGCUGAGGGAAUGCAUUUUCUUUAGACCAGCUGACCACACUUGCAGUACUGACUGACUCGACUAAGGCACGCAUCAUUCCUUGGCAAGGGGCCGAUGCCUUUGUCUGCACUGCUUUCUACUUUAUUCUGUUUUUGGGGAUUUAAAAAAAAAAAAGUGGCCAUGUUAAAGAGAUGAAAACACUUGUAUAUUUAUUUUUGUUGUUAUAUUAGACGUGUCGUUUUUUUAAUUAAAGCAUAGCUGCUAAGCUGUCUUGGUCCAA